AUGAAUCGAUCAAAAUUAGACGAAUCGCGGCUUACCAAUCAGAAAGAGGCCGGCAAUUAUUGGGGCUUCGCCAAUUUUCCCAAUCAGGUUUUUCGAAGAGCGGUUAAGAAUGGAUUCAAUUUCACGCUCAUGGUUGUUGGACGUAGCGGCCUCGGAAAAUCCACAUUCAUCAACACAUUGUUCCUCGCUGAGAUCAAUAAUCUAAACGACGAGCCGGCGCCAGUUCACGGCUCAACAGUAAGAAUCGAGGAAAAGCUGGUGAAAUUGGUGGAGAACAGUGUUUCGCUGAAUCUCACACUUGUCGAUACACCCGGAUUUGGCGACGCGGUGAACAACGCGAAAUGCUGGGAGCCCAUCGUGAAUUAUGUGGAGAGCAAGUUCUUCGAACACUUUUGCGAGGAGACGCGAAUCGAUCGCGAUGAGAAGCUCGUCGAUAAAUGUGUACAUCUUUGCCUUUAUUUUAUCGAGCCUUCGGGUCACGGAUUGAAGCCACUCGAUAUUGAGCUGAUGCGCCAAUUACACGGAAGGGUUAAUAUAGUUCCGGUGAUCGCAAAAGCCGAUUGUCUGACGAGAGAAGAGCUUAAACGAUUCAAGGAGCAAAUCAUGAAAGAUGCAGAACACGCGGAAAUUAAAUUGUACAAGUUUCCGGAAAUUGAGGAUGCUGCUGAUAAGACAGUUGCUGAAAAAUUACGCAAAGCUCUUCCAUUUGCGGUUGUUGGCUCGAACUCAUUGCGCGAAAAAGAUGGCAAAAAGAUUCGCUACCGAGAGUACCCUUGGGGAACGGUUGAGGUUGAAAAUAUGGACCAUAACGAUUUUUUGACACUUCGCGACAUGAUUAUUCGCACGAAUCUCAUCGAUAUGAUCGAUGUUACCCGAAAUGUGCACUACGAGAAUUUCCGAUUCCGCCAAAUGGACGGAUUGCCGAAGAAUGAGAAGAAUCGUGAUCCGUUCACACAUCUUGAGGAAGAGCGAAGACAGAAGGAUCGUGAGCUCGUCGAGAAGCGAGCGACACUUGAGCGAGUAGGAAUUUCCGUUUUUAAUGAGAAAACGUCGUCGCGAAAAGCGCGGAAUGAAGAGAGAGCGAAGAAUUUAGAAGAGCAAGAAAAGGAGAAUCUGAGAAUAAUUGAGGCGAAGAAGGCUGAUAUUGCACGAUUGCGGCAAGAGAUUCACGAGCUGCGCAAUGGCAAUCUAACCAGCUCGCAAACCUCGCUGGCGAUGUACAACGAGAAUUCGGUGAGCAGCGCCGGCAGCAAAGCGAGCCCGCCUCACACCGCACACGGAACAAUGAAGAAGCGCAUCGGAACGCUCGGAUUGUUCAAUCGGAAUUGA